AUGGAGGGAGGCGCCCGCUGCGCCCCCGCGGAGCCAGCGCGGCGGGGAGGGGGCGCGGGGGCGGCGUGCCAAUGGCUGCGCUGCCCCCUCCUCUGCCCCCACCCCGCCGCCGGCCCCUCCGCCUCCCCGGCCGACCCUCCUCCCCGCCGCUCACUCCGCGCCGCCAGCGCCCAGCGUGCGGCUCCGGAGCGGCCCGGCUCCGCGCCCGGCGCUGCGCUCCGCCGGCUCCGCGCUGGGAGCCAGCAGGUCUCCGGGAAGCGCGGAGGGUGGGGUGGGAUGCCGGAAUGCCCGGACCGCGGGGCCAAGGCGGCCCCCAUCCAUCAUAAAAUCUCCUUCUCCAUCUUAGACAUCCUGGAUCCCCAGAAAUUCAGCAGAAGACGCGAACCGGCCUCGGGGAGCUGGGGCAGCGCCCCCCGCUCGGGCGAGCGGGAGAAAAGUUUGGGACGAGUUGAAGUAGGAAAGGACGCUGCUGCUCCCGGCAGCGGGAGGAAUAAACUAGAGGCACAUGAUGCGCACGCCCCGGCGGAGAGCGGCGCCGAGGACGCGGAGCAGGAGCGCGACGAGGAGGACCCGAGCGGGGACGGGACCGGGACCGCGAUCCCGCCCGGGCCGGAGGAGCCGGGCUCGCCGCGGAGCGCCCGGCGGCGGCGGCCGGAGCCGGGCUGCGGGAAGCCGCGGCGGGCGCGCACCGCCUUCACCUACGAGCAGCUGGUGGCCCUGGAGAACAAGUUCCGAGCCACGCGGUACCUGUCGGUCUGCGAGCGCCUCAGCCUGGCGCUGUCCCUCAGCCUCACCGAGACGCAGGUGAAGAUCUGGUUCCAGAACCGCCGCACCAAGUGGAAGAAGCAGCACCCGGGCGCCGACGGGGCGGCCCCCGCAGCAUCCCCCGCGGCGGCGGCGAGCGGCGGCAGCCCCAGCCCGCCGGGCCCCGCCGCUCUGCCCUUCCAGACUUUCCCUUCCUACGCCGCCGCCAACGUGCUGGUGCCGCCGGCCGCCCCCUUCCCGCUGGGCGCCGGCCCCUUCGCACCCUUCCUGGGCCCCGCGUACCUCGGCCCUUUCUACGCCCCGCACCUCUGAGGCGGCAGCGCCGCGGCAGCCCCCGGGAGCCAGGAGCGCAC